UUAAUGUUUACACAAAAAAGGUCAAACAGAAGAAACGCAAACGUAAUUUCUGACGACAAGACCUUUCGAGGAGCCCGUAAAUCUCCAUGACCUUGCCGUCUUGGUACUGGCAGCUCUGAAUUGACGUUGCACCCAACUAAAAUGAUCAAGACAUGAAGUUUAUUUAGGUAGCUUGGCUUUAAGUGUGGAGCUCAUGGUUACCGGUAUCUUUCCACGCUGCAAUGGCGAAAUGCUACACACGCGCCUAGUUGUUCUGCUUAAAAUAACAGAGGAGGAAUCCUUCCUCCUCCGCCUGCUCGUUUCUUCUAUAGCGUUUGUUCCCUUGUUUCUUUUGCAGUCCUGCUUCUUUUGUUCGCUUCCUUCUUUUCAUUUCAGCAUCCCUGCUAAUUUAGCUACCAGUAGCACCGCUUAGCUGUGAGCUCUCUCAACCACUCCAGAUCACGAUCACUGGUGUUGCAGCAGCGCCCACGAAAUGAGCCUGCAGGGCGACCCGACCGCGGCCGGGGAGGAGACGGCGGAGGAGCUGCUCGCGCGAGUCAGGGGGAUGGUGCCGGCGGCGCUGGCAGCGGCGACGGCGGCGGGAGGGUUUCCGGGACGGUGGAAGGCGAUCGCCGCUAAGCUGGAGAGGCUCCCGGCGUGCCUGUCGGACCUGUCCAGCCACCCUUGCUUCGCCAAGAACGCGCUUUGCCGCGAGCUGCUGCAGUCGGUGGCCGACACGCUCGCCGAGGCGACCGAGCUCGCGGGGCGGUGCCGGGAGCCGCCUACAACCGGUAAGCUGCAGACGCAGAGCGCCAUCGACGCGCUCGCCGGCAAGCUGGACCUCAACCUCCGCGACUGCGCGCUGCUUGUCAAGACUGGCGUGCUGUCUGAUGCCUCCGGCCCAUCGCUUCCGGCAGAGGCUACGGCGGGGACCGCCCCGUCGGUGGCGCAACCGGACGUCCGGGAGCUGCUCGCGAGGCUGCAGAUCGGGCAUACCGAGGCGAAGAACCGAGCGGUGGACGGGCUUCUUGAGGCGCUGCACAAGGACGAGAGGAGCGUCCUCUCGGUGCUCGGCCGCGCCAAUGUCUCCGCGAUGGUGCAGCUGCUCACGGCGUCGGCACCCAUGGUGCGGGAGAAGGCAGCCACGGUCAUAUGCCACCUUGCGGAGUCCGGCAGCUGCGAGGGGCUACUCGUGUCGGAGGGCGUCCUGCCGCCGCUCAUCAGGUUAGCCGAGUCCGGCAGCCUCGUUGGCCGCGAGAAGGCCGCAAUCACGCUGCACCGCCUGUCCAUGUCACCUGACAUUGCACGCGCAAUUGUUGGCCACGGUGGCGCCGGCCCGCUCAUUGAGAUCUGUCAGACAGGGGAUUCCAUCUCCCAGUCCGCUGCGGCCGGCGCGCUCAAGAACCUCUCGGUGGUACCAGAAGUGCGACAGGCAUUGGCUGACGAAGGAAUUGUCCGUGUCAUGGUCAACCUGCUGGAUUGCGGCGCCGUGCUCGGCUCCAAGGAGCACGCUGCCGAGUGCCUGCAGAACCUCACGUCCAGCAACGACAGCUUGCGGCGGGCCGUCGUGUCGGAGGGCGGGCUGCGCAGCCUGCUCCUCUACCUCGACGGUCCGUUGCCUCAGGAGUCCGCGGUGAGCGCGCUGCAGAACCUCGUAGGCUUUGUCUCUCCCGACAGCCUCGUGUCACUCAGCGUGCUGCCUCGGCUGGUCCAUGUGCUCAGAGUCGGGUCAAUCGGGGCGCAGCAGGCAGCGGCAGCGGCGAUCUGCCGGAUCUCCAGCUCAGCUGCCACGAAGCGCGUUGUGGGCGAGCACGGCUGCAUGCCGCUGCUCGUGCGCAUGCUGGAGGCCAAGUCGAACGGGGCGCGCGAGGUCGCCGCGCAGGCCGUGGCGAGCCUGGUGAGCUACCCUCCCAACGCCCGGGAGAUGAAGAAGGACGAGAAGAGCGUGCCCAGCCUGGUGCAGCUGCUGGACCCGAGCCCCCUGAACACGGCCAAGAAGUACGCCAUCUCGUGCCUGCUGUCGCUCUCGGCGACAAGGCGGUGCAAGAAGCUGAUGAUCUCGCACGGCGCCAUCGGGUACCUCAAGAAGCUCUCCGACAUGGACGUCGCCGGCGCCAAGAAGCUGCUCGAGAGGCUGGAGCGCGGCAGGAUGCGCAGCCUCUUCAGUAGCAAGUAGCAGCUAUAACAACUAAGCUUCACUGCUUAUGUGAUAGUACAUCGCAAAAUUUCUUUUUGUCGUAACCUGUAUAAAAAUCAAGUCCAGUUUCACACACACACUCACGCUAUGAAAUGGUGUUGUGCAGGUGUUUAUAUUGAGUUGUAAUGUAAGUAGGGUGAUGGGUAUGUUGGGCUGUACUUAGGAGCUUCUCACUCUGAAUAGUAAGUUAAAAUGAAUGGAUGAAUAAUUGGUUA